UCAAAUAGGGGGUGUGACUCUAAAGAGCAAUAAGAAUAAACUAUAAACAAACCAGCAGUUUCCUCAUCCUAUUAGUUAGCUUAAAUUAAAUUUAGAUACUAGAUCUAGAUCUAAAAAUAUUAAAUAAUAAUAAAUAGGCCUAUAGAUCUAGUUUCUAGAAUCUAGAUCUAUAUUAUAAAUAGUCACAGAGAAAUGGCUGAUGAAAGAACAAGGAAAAAGAAGUUUAAUUUCUUUGAUGAAAAUGUAAACUUUGAUGCAGCAAAAAGCAUCCAGUUUCAUCAGCAAAAUGAGAAUGAUGAUGAUGAUGAUGAUGACAUCGAGACCAUUAACUUUGAUGAUACUCCUGUCAUCAAGUACAACAAUAAGCCUGGAGGUGAGCCAAUGCCAGACCUGUCCCUGCUAGCCACACCAGCCAACAGCACGUUGUCCAGAACUAUGUCCGCAGGCAGUGAUGGACCCAGGAAGAGUUCAGUGGCUUACGGGAAUGUUAGUAGCGCCAUGGCAUUGAGCCAUAGCAGAUCUCACAGUCUGACUAUAGGUCAUCAAGAACUGCCCACAACAAAGGCUACUUUACAUACAUCAGUGACCAGCAGCUUUGGUAGUGAGAAAGAUCAAAGUUUAACUAGCUCCAACUUGUCAUUAACAAACAGUGUGGACAUUGAAGAGGUGACAGGAAGUGGAUCAAAAAAAUUGCCAUCUGCUGCUGAAAUAGAAAGAAUGCAACAGGAGAUUCAGUCUUUAAAGCGGUCACUUUUGAGUGCCAAGAAAGACAGAUGGAUGAAGCUGCCUAUAGAAGACACACUAUGGAGAAUAAGGAAGGGGGAGGAAUUUUCCCUGGAGAUGUACAAGUCACUGGAAGACAAACUAGAGCUCCUGGAUAAAGCCAUCAAAGUGCAUGAUGGGAACGCCAUAACUGCUGCUGUUUUAUUUUUGAAGCGUUCUGUGACACAGCAGAUAUUUAGGCAGGUGAUUCGAGACAGACCUGCGGCUGCCAACCAUUAUUUGAAGUACCUCAAGUCACAUUUUGACUAUGGAGAGUUCAUCAGCACUUUAGUGAUGUUGGGCAGAAAAGAAGAGGCCGCUAUGUAUGCAUUCAAAUUUUCCUUGACGACCACAGAUAUAGGGUUAAAGAUAGCAAAACUAAAAGAAUGUUUAAGGGAACACUUCAGUAAUGAGCCUGCUCUACAGGCUGAUGCUAAUUUGGUUAAGGAGUAUAUAGAUCUUCUUGAACGUCAGCGACCAAUCGAAGAGUUUGAUGCCUCAACUGAAGCUGCUGGACGUUCCACCCUGUUCAAAGAUUUCCCGAGGAAGAGAUCUCUGCUGGACAUGCCUGUUGUCACUACUUUAUACUACUGCUGCCUCUAUCAUUUUGACUUAGCUGAGAAUGCAUUUGCAAGUCCUGUGGCACUAAAGAAAAGACAUGAGAUUUCAGAUAAACAGUUUACUUGGACAGCCAUAUCAGCUCGGGCGAAGUUACGUCAAUGGAAAGAUGUUGAGGCCCUUUUAACAACUAAAGGUUGGUUUGGUGGGCCUAAGAUGAAAGCCAUCAUAGGAUUUGACAAAGUGAUAGACAUUUUACACAGGAACUCUUCUCCCCCUGAGGUUUUUGAAAAGUAUUUGUCCAUGAUUGACGACCUUGAAAUGCGACUAAGUCUGGCAAAGAAAGUGAAGUGUAACAGAGCAGUAGUUGAUACUUUGAUUGCCCUGAAGAAGCGGACAGAGCUUGAAGAGUUCAGCAAACAUCUAGACAGAUAUUCCAAAGACGGUCUUUAUGCACAUGAUGCCUUAAACAGCUCAACCAUCAGGUGGAAGUAAGCGCCAGCGCCAUGGGACUGCUUAAAUCCUCAUUAAAUUCACAUUUUGUAGCUGAGCUCCAUAUGUACAUUACUAUCAGUGAAGGCCUGUAGCAUUCCAAAUACUAUCUGAAGAUGUUGUAUAGAUUCAGCUGAUGAUGUCAAUGUAAAUAUUGUUUUCUUUACUUUCUCUGCCUCCCACUUUUCUCUUCCCUUCUCCUUUCUUCUCUUUAUGUGAUAAAACACGUAUGCUUGCAGCAUUUAAGACGCAUUGUUUGUUUGCAUAAUGUAUAUACAACUGUCUUGUGUACUUUCCUACCAGAUGUUAUUGUGCCAUGUACUCUUCAAAUAAAAAAGUUCAUCACAUUUCAAUUGCUUCAAUUUAUUCAAAUAAAAAAUGAUAAAAGUUGAUUUCCAUAAAAAAUAUUUGAUGACAUUACAUAGUCUGGUCCAGCAAGGUAA